UUUCUCUGUUGUCAAGAGGUCGAUAAUUACUCCGAAAAUAUGUAACGACGGAAGAACGUCCGAAACACUAGAAAAUGGCUACUACUCGUGUUCCUCCUCGAUGACCGGGCAUCGGUUCCGUACAAGUUUCAUGCUGAUUAUGUUACGAAUAUUCACGAAGAACUGUAUUCCCGUAAAUACUUCAACGUAAAAACAAGUUAACGCGCGAUCGACGUGAUAUUUCGGCGAUUUUCUUUUAAUUUAUCGCGAUCUUCACUAGCGAGCGGUCCGACUUACCAGAGGACAAUGUCGAGAGGCGGUAAGAAGACCCGGCCUUUGGAAUGUUGAAUUCGUGAGUGACUAGAGAACCGUCGACGAACAGCCUAUCCUGAGAGACCGAAAGGAACCGACUUCCGUGCAAUGACCUAUUCGCCACUUCCAACGGGCCGAGAAUCGCCGAUUCUCAGUAUCGACCAACCGAAUUUAGCCGAGCGCCGUUUUAUCUGCAAUUACUGAUCGAUUCAAUAUCCCUCGUGCAUUUCCGGCAGCAUUUACUUAACUUUGUUGUUCAUUAUUUUUCAUGUAAAAUUUUUAUUUUUUUUCAUUACCUUGAUUUCAUGCUCAGUUUCAUGAAAAAUCGGUCAAUCUUAACGAAACCUUCGACAAAAAUGAACACUUAUUUGAUUCUCUGUUUCUAGUUACAUAUUGAUUCAAGACAUGCUUGAACAUGUGAAACCCACUUUAAACCUGUAACCAAUUACAUACAUUGAAUUACGUUCAGAACGUGUGGAACUGUAUGUCGUCUGCUUUCCAUAGAUAAUUUCCAUAGAUUUCCAUAGAUAAAAUGACCAUUUUAGGAAUAAGAAGUAUUUAUUAAAUUACAUACGUAAUAUGAAUUUUUAUUGAUACGGAUCAGAUAUUACAUAUGUAGGAUAUCUGCGAAUUAUAUAUGUACAUUACAUGUUAUUACAUAAUUGAAACUACACAUAGCAUCAUACAUACAUUAUAUGUGCAUGGUAUGCAACUUACAAUGCUUAUGUGACUGAAAUAAAGGGAAACAUAACCUCGCAUUUUGUGGGUUACUCAUGAGCAUCUACGUAACGUAAUAUUUUAUAGUAGAAUGCAUAGUAGGAUAUCAAAAUUUUUAAAAUCAACAGCAUUUCGAUAUUUUGUACCAUUUAUGGUACUCGUAAUAGGAGGUUCGUUUGCACUCCGUGAAGUUACGGAAGUAAGAUAUAAAUACCGAAAUACGACCUCGUACGAUAUUAGAAGAGAUAUAAAAAAAGCAGGAAUUGAAAUGAAAGAUCCUGCUACUCUAGAAGAGAUAUAUGAUGAUUUGGAGAAG